AUGAUUCGUUGCAUAAUGUUGAACUUCAAUAUCUCUGAUCUCCUCUGUUCCUGCGAAUACUUUUUACCUGGCAAUAUUAUUAGUGAGAAAAGGACUCUUCUCAAAGCCUAAAAAUGUUGAAAUGUCAUGUUUUUUAGGUUCAUUACCUGAUCCUUUUCAUUGUGUUUGGAUUGUCCCAAAUAAAUAUCGAUAACAUCGAUAAUAUUGAUAUCGUAAAUUUUUCAUAUCGAUAUUUUCGAUGAUAUUAUUUUAAUAUCGCCCAUUUUUUUACCUUGUCGUGCUAUCUGUUACUCUUUGCUCUUACCUCUUUAUAAGUGUUUUUUAGACUCUAAAGUUUUUGGCUUGACUCAAGCCACUUGAGUCAAGCAAAAGCUUUUCUUUAUUUGAAUUUCCUACCAUUUCCUACAUAUCGAUACCAUCUUUCAAAGUAUCGAUACGUAUUGCUAAGUGAAAUAUCAAUAUUAUUAUACUCGUAUCGUAUCGUGCAACACUAUAAGUGUUCCCAUCCAUCAAUCAUCCAUUAAAUCAUUUGAUUGUAAUUAGUUCAUCUUAAAAAUGGGACAAGCGUCGAGUCCAACCACAUCCGCAUUACGGGCACUCUCAAUGGAAUUUAAAUCUCUUCAAGAAGAACCAGUGGAAGGUUUUAGUGUUAAAUUAGCAGAUGAGGAUAAUCUAUUUCAAUGGGAAGUAGCCAUUUUUGGCCCUCCGCAUACGCUUUAUGAAGGUGGCUAUUUCAAGGCAAAUAUGAAGUUCCCUGUCGAUUAUCCAUAUUCGCCUCCAACACUUAAGUUCCUUACUAAAGUUUGGCAUCCUAAUGUGUAUGAGAAUGGAGAUUUAUGUAUAUCUAUUUUACACCCCCCAAUCGAUGACCCACAAAGUGGUGAACUUCCUUGUGAAAGAUGGAAUCCAACUCAAAAUGUUCGGACUAUUUUACUGAGUGUUAUUUCCUUGCUGAAUGAACCAAACACCUUUUCACCAGCCAAUGUGGAUGCAUCAGUUAUGUACAGACGAUGGAAAGAUUCAUCAGGAAAAGACAAAGAAUAUGAAAAUAUCAUUAGGAAACAAGUUGCUGCCAGUCGAUAUGAAGCAGAGAAAGAUAAUGUUGUUGUUCCAACAACAAUUGAAGAAUACUGUAUCAAGUAUAAAUCAAAGCCACCUGAAAUGGAAGCUGAUCUAGCUGAUUUUUAUGAUGAUGACUAUGAAGAUAUGGAUGAUGAUCUCGAUGAAAGUGAUGAAGGUUAGAAUGAAUACACAAUCAAAUUUGUAAAUUUACCUAACCUUCCAACCAAACCAUGAUUAAGCCUAAAUCAAUUGUAAAUUCAACUGUUGAAUAUAAUGAUAUAACUAAUAUAAAUAUGAAACUUAAUAAAAUUUGAUUCAUUAGCUAUUUAUUUAAAAGCUGAUAUUUUAAACGAA